GGAGAGAUAAGACUCAACACAUAAGGUAGUCAGUUUUCUUGCUCUGCUUCAUUUGUAACUAGCUUGUGACAGUGUUGGAUUCGAUGAAGCAAACUGCGAUGCUAAUUGGAAGUAUCGGAUGGUCAGCGACUGCAUUGGUUGUUGGAUGUUUGGUGUGUUCCGGCAUCAUGGCAGAUAGUAGAGACGAGUGCUACGAACUACACAGUUAUAACGCAUCGCGUUUUAUUCCGUACGAAGAGAGGUACUCUGAAACAUGUUGGUGGUUCUGGACGUGCAUCAGGACGCGCAUAAAGUACAAAAAUGAGAGAUACGAAGCGUUCAGAUUGAAUAAGACGAAGUGCAGAAGAUACGAAGAUGAAAGUAGGGAUUGUCAGCCACGACAUUCCAAAGGCUACCGAAAUUGCCAAAAGCCACGUAUCUGUGACUGUAAUGCAAUCUCAACGAAAUGCGGUUCUAUAUGUGAACCUAGGGCUAAGUCAGGUGGGUUCAUUUAUUACUGCGGUGAAGGGUAUGAGUUCAGCGACGACAGAACCAAGUCUUUGCCAAAGUGCAGCCCUUCUUGCGCGGCGAACGCAUACUGCCAGCAGCCAAACAACUGCGCGUGCAAGCCUGGGUACGUGGGUAACGGCACCAGUUGUUUGCCAGUAUGCGAACAAGGCUGCACCAACGGAAUUUGCGAGGAUCCUUAUACGUGCCGUUGCAAUGAUUACUGGAGCGGAUCUUCCUGUGACGAGCCACUCGCAUGUGUAGUUGCCUCGUUGGCCUCCGAGAGUUAUUCUAACGAUACGCUAGCCAGCAAUCUUUCAUUUACAAUGGACACUGAUGAUGAGGUGGAAUAUUCUAAAAUUGCACGGACAGCGCCUGCGUGCGAUCAAAAGUGUCCUGACGAACUCUGGAUGCACGCUUUCGGUUCUAUCACAUCUCGAUCAAAUGUGACUUACUAUUUGAUCCCUACAGGUGUAACGUGCAAUAACACCGAAUAUAAGGAGUUAUUUUUUGCAAGACACGAUAAAGUGAUAGUAGGAGUAAUGCUUGCAGGAAUAGCGUUCUUGAUCGUAGGAAUAAUUUGCAUUGUGUGGGUUCUUCGAGGAAGAGAAAAAUCAAACAACAAGUCAACCGAUAAUAUAGUCCAAUAUACGAGCAACGGAUACAUCGAAGAAAAUCCACUUUACGAAGCCACUAAGACUACUGUUGACUAUUGACUUUCUAUUCUAUCGGAAUAUGGUCGAAAUGGUACAUAUCAUGUACAAUGCCAUAGAGUUCCUCAAACAACUUGACAAUCACGGUUUCCCUAGUAGAAUUUUAAACUUUGAUAAAAUCAUCGGGUGUAUUCUUCAGCCAUGUAAACGGUGGUCAUAUACUUAUUAAUAAGGUAGUUCAGUUCGAUUCAGUUUCACGGAGGUGAAAUGGGUAAAGUGAGAAGAAAGCCCUCGAUGUGAAUUCCAUCCUCUAGAAAUUCCAAUGAAGAAGUAUAUUUUUAAUCAAGUUCCGUUGUAAAAUUUAACCUGGGAUUAUUAUGUGAAAUUUGCGUCAUUUUGCCAAUUAUCUCAGUCAGGUAGAAAUUCAGAAUUAUCCAAUGAGUUCUUCAAAUCCUUAGGCAAUCACAUCGAUUAACGGUUAUUUAAUAAGAUCUAUCCAGUGAUUGCUGAGUAACUGAAUUUAUGCGAUACUUUAUUAUUUUUCUUCUUUGGAAUAGCAUUUUAUAUCUCUCGGUGAUUAUCGAUGUAAGAAAGAAUAUCAUGGUAU